GUCAUCUUUUCAUGAGCUGAUUUGUUGAAAAUACCUCAAGUAAAGCUACAUUUGUUGGAGGAUCUUUCAACCUAAAAUAAUAUAAAGGAUGUCAAACUUGGGACAAUUUGACUCUGACUUUUACCAAUCUAAUUAUACCAUUGAAAAUCAGGAGCAGAGUGGUAAUGAGCCUCAUGCCUAUGGAAAUCUUUACGAAUCUAGAAAGCAACAAGCCAGUGAGCAACCUCCAUCUGCCUUCAUCCCAUCGGAGAUGUUCAUACCGUCAGGUUACUCGGGACAAUUUUUGCAGCCAGCAUCCAACCCAGAUUAUUAUUCUCAGUCUUCUUACAUUGACAGUUUUGAUGAAGAGCCUCCUUUACUAGAAGAACUUGGAAUUAAUUUUGACCACAUAUGGCAAAAAACCUUGACAGUGUUAAACCCACUGAAACCAGCAGAUGGCAGCAUUAUGAAUGAAACAGACCUCACUGGGCCUAUCCUGUUCUUCGUGGCCCUAGGAACUACCUUACUUCUGGCAGGAAAAGUCCAGUUUUGUUACGUGUAUGGCAUGAGUGCCAUUGGCUGUCUAGGGAUUCAUGGCUUACUAAACUUGAUGAGCUCUUCAGGGGUGUCCUAUGGCUGCGUGGCAAGUGUCCUGGGUUACUGCCUGCUCCCCAUGGUCAUCCUGUCCAGCUGUGCCAUCUUCUUUUCACUGCAGGACACCUUUGGAACUGUGUUGGCACUGGUCGUCAUUGGCUGGUGUAGUCUCUCAGCCUCUAAAAUCUUCAUUUCAGCCUUGGACAUGGAAGGACAGCAGCUUCUCAUUGCCUACCCUUGUGCCUUGCUUUAUGGACUUUUUGCCCUUCUAACAGUUUUCUAAAGAGUAUUUGAGAUGGCAUUACAGGAUUCUAUUUGUUUCCUGCUCAGAUUAGCCUGGAAAUAUAUUAGCAUUUGAAUUUGGUAAUAUGAUUUCUAUUUUAUUGCUGUUGAGAGAAUAAUAAGCAGAGAGACAAAACAGCACUUAAGGAUGGGACUCUAAUAGGCUUUUUGGUUUGCAUCAUGAUUUGCUUUCUGUUUGGUGCAUUAAAACAUUUUAGAAUUCCUUAAACUGAAACGGAAUAUGGUUGUCGUACUGAUGGACCCUGCUUUUCUCGAUGGAUGUAUUUCUGAGAAUUGUAAGUAAAUAAAAUCAUAUGCUGACUGGGUAAA